AUGACCGGAUCAUGGGUAACGAGCCAGGGGUGGCCGAGGACUAGCGGCUCCCGUGGAGUGGAGAUGACGAACAGAAUGAUGUUCUCAUGGUGCAGGGAGCCCACUUGUAACUUUAUUUCCUCGGUACGGUGCGUAAUGAACCCAGUGCCCAUGGGCUCACCGUCUAGCGCGUUGACUCGCAGGGGAGGUUGAAUUGGGAUAAGUUGAACUCCCAAUUCCUCAGCGAGACCCACAUCCAUAAAACUGGCAGCCGCCCCGGAAUCAAUAAGACCUUCCAAUCUGCACACUCUCUCUCCAACAGAUAAGGUAACUGGCACAUACAUUUGUUUAGAUGUGAUGUUGAAAACGUGAGUCUCACUCACCGGUUUGGCAGUUCCGAGGCGAUAUUCUGGGGUACGGUUUGGUCGUACCGGACAUUGCCGAAUGAAAUGACCCGACUGACCACAAUACAGGCAUAGUCCGUCUUGCCGACGUUGUUGUCUCACCGAACCCUGUAGGGGUGACCGUCCCAGUUGCAUAGGUUCCUCCUCCGAUUCUCUCCUCCGCUCUGACGAUUGCGUAGGACCAGUGACCGAGGGCUCCCGGACUGUGGAUACCUUGUGUUGCACUAUCAGAUUAUCAAUAGAGAUGGCGAUGUUGAUAAACUCAUGUAGCGCAGUGAUAUCUCCUCGACAAGCCAACUCAGUCUGUACGUCUUUGCGCAGCCCUCUACGGAAAACGGUGAGCAAAGCAGUCUCGCUCCAUCCGCUACCGGCUGCUAUAGUACGGAACUCUAAAGCGUAGUCGGCUACUGUGCGACGGCCCUGCUGAAGUUCGCAUAGUUGGUCCCCCACACUACGCCCAGAUACUAGGUGGUCGAACACCUCUUGGAACAGUCUUUUGAACUGAACUUCCGCAUUCAACUCGGGGACCUCAGCUGCCCAAAGCGCAGUAGCCCAAUCCAGUGCUCUUCCCGUUAGCAGCGAAAUCAUGAAAUCCACCCUGCUACGGUCAUCGGAAAACAUAGUACGAUUAUACGACAUAUACAGGGACGUCUGGAGUAGAAACCCCUGACAUUUGCCAGGUUCCCCGUCGUACCUUGUCGGUAGAGAAAUCGGAGGUGCAUGACGAGGACUGACCGGGCUCGGGGUGGUGCCUUCAGCCGCACCAGCGUUGAGUAGUUGCAGGAGUUCAUCCAUCCGUUUCUCCUGUAUCUCCCAUUGCCUCUGUAAUUCCGCUGGAUCCAUGGUUCAGGCGAGGUAUUCUGUAAUGAAUACUCGGACAGAGUGGUAAGAUCCAAUCGCAGAAUUGCGAUGCUUUAUUAGAGUACAGACAAGGGAAUAGCUUAAUCGUAGUCGGGCGGCUGUGGUCAAAACCGGGCCAGGCAGAGACAGGCAGAGGUACCAAGGGAGCGGGCGUAGUAGUAGUCGAGGGCACAGGCACAGGGUCAGAGUACGGUAAUCACUGGGAUAGACAAGCAGAGGAUUAAGCAAUACGGGGAGUCAAACAACAAGGCACAGGUCGGAUACACGGGUAAUCAAAAACAACAAUCUCUCUCUCUCUCUCUCUCUCUCUCUCUCUCUCCUCUCUCUCUCUCUCUCUCUCUCUCUCUCUCUCUCUAUCUCUCUCUCCUCUCUCUCUCUCUCUCUCUCUCUCCCUCUCUCUCUCUCCUCUCUCUCUCUCUCUCUCUCUCUCUCCUCUCCUCGGAACAAAACGCUUAGCAAGUCACAAUGGAACAAUACCUCGCACCGACUGAACUUCUGAGCACACCUUAUAUCCUACCCUAAUUAUGGACAGGUGUGCUCAGAACUCAGGUGAACCAGAUCGAGUCUGAUGACUCCCCCUCUCAGUAGAUCGGGGAAGUGUCAGACUCUGUCUAGACCCGGCCAACCCCCGAUCCCUUACACACAUGAUAUCGGUGCAGUAUCAGUACGGACCCAGUUUGACAGCGCAAAAAGGUAGGGUCAUAUCAAAGACAAUACAGUACAAUAUAGAGCUGUGAGGAGGAGGAGCUCCGUGGACCCUUCAUGUCCGGAAGUAAUUUAGCCAUUCAUUGUAGCCAUUGGCGCUCUGUCGAGUUGCUAUUUUUCUCAGGUUCUCUCAUGUCAAUUAACUCGUGAUAUUCCUGGAUUACUUAUUAUACUAAUAAAGUCUUAUUUAAUCAACAAAUAUGAUAGUCAGUUUAAAAAAGGUUAUGGGUACAAGACUGUGUAUAUAUCUGACUGUGUUGGCAAAAUGACUACAAAUCCCAUCGAGCCAAGUGGGGAGAGGUUGCCGUUGUCACAGUUCCAAGACCAGUCAGAAAUGUCCAGCUAGGGGCCUCCCGAGUGCCGCAGCGUUUUAAGGCAAUGCAUUGCAGUGCUAGAGGAAUCACUACAGACCCGGGUUCGAGCCCGGGCUGUAUUACAGCCGUAAUCGGGAGUCCCAUAGGGCGGUGCACAAUUAGCCCAGCGUCGUCCAGGUUAGGUUAGGGGACGGUUUGGCCGGGGGGGGGGCUUUACUUGGCUCAUUGCACUCUAGCGACUCCUUAUGGCGGGCCGGGUGCCUGCAGGUUUCCUCCGACACACUGGCUUCCGGGUUAAGCGGGCUGGUGUUAAGAAGCGCGGUUUGGCCGGUUAUGUUUCGGAGGACGCAUGACUCGACCUUCGCCGCCCGUUGGGGAGUUGCAGCGAUGAGACAAGAUCAAAAUUGUAAAAAGAUCCAGCUAAUCCUACGCCAAUUAGGCCGGUGGAUCUCAAAACUGAACUUGGAUCCGCGUUAAGUAACAAUUAUAUCCUUUUCCACCGUUGUCUUGCGACAUGACAGAUAGCUCGAACCAGUCAUGACUAUUCAACAAAACAAUAAAUCAUAUAAUUUCAAAAGAUAAGGUACAAAUGCUUUAAUUAGAAACAAUGCUAUUAAUGACAAUUUAAAAAGCUUCUAUGAAAAUCUAUAUAAAUCUACAUUUAACAAUAGUUGGACUGAUCCUACAGCCUUCUUAGACUCAACAAUUAUUUAGCAACUAUCAGCAGACAAAGAAUAAUAAAUAUUAGAUAUUUAAAACAUUCACGUGGAGAAACGCACCAGAUAUGGAUGGCUUUCCCAUAUAAUUUAAUUUAAUAUUCUGGGACCAAGUAACGCCCCUAUUUACACAAAUGACAACACACGUCACUCAAUUCCGUGUUUCCUAGUUCCAUGUAUCAAACAAUUAUUUCAGUUAUAUUAAAAACAGGAAAAUCGGGAUUCUCCCGAAGACUACAGACCCAUAAAUGUAAUAAAUUGCAACAAUAAAAUAAAAACAAAGCUCAUAAGCAACAGAAUGGCAAAAUUCUUAGACUUGAUACAUAUUAAUCAAACAGGGUUUAUUAAAAAUAGACAUUUACAAACAAAUACAAGAACAUGUUUCAGUAUAAAACAAUACGCAAAAAAACCAAGAUCUAGAUUUAUCAAUAGUAGAUGUCGAAAAGGCUUUUGACCGUCUUGAAUGGCCUUUUCUAUACAAAACUUUGGAAGCUUUCAACUUUCCAGCUAAAAUAAUACAUUUCAUAAAAAUAUUACAGUAUAUAAAUAUCCUAAAGCAAAAAUAUCAACAAAUAAUACAAGACAUGGAUGUCCUCUCUCCCUCCUCCUGUUUGCACUGGCAAUUGAACCACUUGCAGAAAGAAUUAGACAGGACCCAAACAUAACAAAUAUUAGUGUUGGUAAACAUGAAUAUAAACUAAGCUUAUUUGCAGAUUAUCUCCUGAUUUACCUGACCAAUAUUGAAAACUCAAUACUUAGGAUACUUAACCCAUUACAGUCUAAGCCCCGUCUAAGCUAGGGGAGGGAGUCUACUAAACUAUAUGGAAUUGUUUUAAGAAGGUCGUACCAAUGAUCAUUUAGCUAUUUGAUUUUGAAUUUUAAGACCACUUGAAGUAUAAACAAAUAUAUUAUAAUAAUAUUUGAUUUUAAAAAAUGGCCUUACUGCUAUUAGCCCAUACAAACGCAUUGAAUAACAGAUUUGCUACAUUGAACAACAGAUGUACCGACUUCAGACAGGUCCCAAGCCGCCUGUGGGGGUAGUAGAGCAAAAUGGUGCUUGUGAGAGUCUCAUCAUUCCAUACAGGGAUGUGGAAGUGCUACAUCGGUGGAUGUGGUGGAUUGAGACCAGUGGGGAUUUUAACAUGUAAAUCUUGGUAGGGCAAAAUCUUUUUUUUUUUUAGAUGCAUGCCAGCAAAGCCACUACACAACACAACACAAAACAAUAAAUUAAUUGCACUAUAACGGUGACAAACGGUGACAAACGGUGCCCACAAACUGUUAGGGCCUACAUAAAGCUGUCCCAACAGCAGAGCUUUCUUUUCAGCACCAUUGAGUGAAUCCUUACCACCGCUACACCUGGCUAUCAGCGGAGCCUUGUCUGGCAGCAAAACAGUUAAUUAAGCCUAAUUUACUGCCUUUUUAAAAAACAUAGCUGAUAUGGCUGACUUGCUUACACAAAUGUGGUUUCUACUGACAAUUGAGAUGUACAAACUAUGGCGUAAGGGAACGAUGAGCGGAUAAGAGGCAAUCUGUAAUUUCGAUUAAGACAUUAAUGAGCGAGCUAAGAUGAACGUAGUCAACAUAACUAUUUGUUCAGCACUUUUGAAAAGUGCAGUGACAGAAUUCAGAACAUGGGCUGUUCUUACAGUAUUCUCCCUGUACACCAAGUCAGAACCAUAGGAUAAAUAAAGGGGCAUAUACAGUGGGGGAAAAAAGUAUUUAGUCAGCCACCAAUUGUGCAAGUUCUCCCACUUAAAAAGAUGAGAGAGGCCUGUAAUUUUCAUCAUAGGUAUACGUCAACUAUGACAGACAAAAUGAGAAAAUAAAAUCCAGAAAAUUACAUUGUAGGAUUUUUAAUGAAUUUAUUUGCAAAUUAUGGUGGAAAAUAAGUAUUUGGUCACCUACAAACAAGCAAGAUUUCUGGCUCUCACAGACCUGUAACUUCUUCUUUAAGAGGCUCCUCUGUCCUCCACUCGUUACCUGUAUUAAUGGCACCUGUUUGAACUUGUUAUCAGUAUAAAAGACACCUGUCCACAACCUCAAACAGUCACACUCCAAACUCCACUAUGGCCAAGACCAAAGAGCUGUCAAAGGACACCAGAAACAAAAUUGUAGACCUGCACCAGGCUGGGAAGACUGAAUCUGCAAUAGAUAAGCAGCUUGGUUUGAAGAAAUCAAUGUGGGAGCAAUUAUUAGGAAAUGGAAGACAUACUAGACCACUGAUAAUCUCCUUCGAUCUGGGGCUCCACGCAAGAUCUCACCCCGUGGGGUCAAAAUGAUCACAAGAACGGUGAGCAAAAAUCCCAGAACCACACAGGGGGACCUAGUGAAUGACCUGCAGAGAGCUGGGACCAAAGUAAAAAAUCCUACCAUCAGUAACACACUACGCCGCCAGGGACUCAAAUCCUGCAGUGCCAGACGUGUCCCCCUGCUUAAGCCAGUACAUGUCCAGGCCCGUCUGAAGUUUGCUGAUGAUCCAGAAGAGGAUUGGGAGAAUGUCAUAUGGUCAGAUGAAACCAAAAUAUAACUUUUUGGUAAAAACUCAACUCGUCGUGUUUGGAGGAUAAAGAAUGCUGAGUUGCAUCCAAAGAACACCAUACCUACUGUGAAGCAUGGGGGUGGAAACAUCAUGCUUUGGGGCUGUUUUUCUGCAAAAGGACCAGGACGACUGAUCCGUGUAAAGGAAAGAAUGAAUGGGGCCAUGUAUCGUGAGAUUUUGAGUGAAAACCUCCUUCCAUCAGCAAGGGCAUUGAAGAUGAAACGUGGCUGGGUCUUUCAGCAUGACAAUGAUCCCAAACACACCGCCCGGGCAACGAAGGAGUGGCUUCGUAAGAAGCAUUUCAAGGUCCUGGAGUGGCCUAGCCAGUCUCCAGAUCUCAACCCCAUAGAAAAUCUUUGGAGGGAGUUGAAAGUCCGUGUUGCCCAGCGACAGCCCCAAAACAUCACUGCUCUAGAGGAGAUCUGCAUGGAGGAAUGGGCCAAAAUACCAGCAACAGUGUGUGAAAACCUUGUGAAGACUUACAGAUAACGUUUGACCUGUGUCAUUGCCAACAAAGGGUAUAUAACAAAGUAUUGAGAAACUUUUGUUAUUGACAAAAUACUUAUUUUCCACCAUAAUUUGCAAAUAAAUUCAUUAAAAAUCCUACAAUGUAAUUUUCUGGAUUUUAUUUUCUCAUUUUGUCUGUCAUAGUUGACGUAUACCUAUGAUGAAAAUUACAGGCCUCUCUCAUCUUUUUAAGUGGGAGGACUUGCACAAUUGGUGGCUGACUAAAUACUUUUUUUCGCCACUGUAAGCAGACAAUGAAAGCUCUUACAAGAUUUGAUGAUGACAUUUCUCUAAAACAUGCUACAUGUCACCACCAAGUCAGAACAGUAGGAUAAGUUAUGAGGGGGAAAGGGACCAAAUUAGUAUUACUUUCUUAGCUACAGUAUACAUAUCUCACUGGCAUAUUACAUCAUUUAUGCAGCAGCAUAAAAUACAUUUUUGGACUCACCUUGUUGUGCUGUGCUCACUUGAACAGGAAGGUGGCGCGGCAGUCCGUCUUGUGGGGAAAUUUUGUCAUGAAACUUCGUCUUCAAAAUCUGGCAUUUUCUGGAUUUAUGGUUCUUUCAAGACAACUGGGAAAAAACAAGGUUGAAUCAUGACGUCAGUGAUCUUCAGGUCGGAGCUUUAGAAAGAGGCCCGAGUUCCCGACUUGGAAUUCCAAGUUGGAUAACCGUUCAAAAUGUAUUUUCCAAGUCGGAGCUCGUCUUUUUCCGAGUUCCCAGUUGUUUUGAGCUCACUGAAGUCUGACAUUUCCCAGUUCAGAGUUUCCAGUUGUUUUGAACGCUGCAGUAGUCAUGCUGAAGUCAACCUUUUCUGGCCAAUGGUGUUGAGUGUGAAUGUUUAUCCUUUUAAGCUUGGAAAACCCAGACUUGUAACACACACCCUCUCCACCGAAUAGCAGGCAGAGGAAGCAAAAUCAGGAUUGCUUUACAACGCUUGCAGUUAGCCACCGAUUCCUUCCAAACCACUCAUUGUUGAAUUUGCGAUUUCCAACUUGUUGUGUAAUGUUUAUUUCCAAUGGCCGAUGAGCACCGAUACGUUUUAUCUAUAAUUUCUCUUCAUAUGACAAGGAUUGAAAAGUAUUUGCCAGUAGAUUGUCGACGUUAUUCAUGAUGAUGACUGCUUGUCUAGCUUGCUAGCUAGGAUUGUGAAAGUAUGAUGUUGACAUGAUCAGUCCAAUCAAAGCUACGGUAGAUAUAAUGUGAUUUGACGUCAUUUUAUCUGUGGCCAAUGACCUUGAUCCUUCUUCGAUGGGCACUUCUAAUGUAAAUCUAUAAAGCAGAAAAUAGACCAUGUUUGUUUUUAUUUUGAUACUGCCCCCCCAUGGGAAUCGAACCCACAACCCUGGCAUUGCAAACACCAUGCUCUACCAACUGAGCUACAUCCCUGCAGCCCAUUCCCUCCCAUACCCUGGGCCAAUUGUGGGCCGCCCCAUGGGUCUCCCGGUCACAUCCAGCUGGAUUCGAACCAGGAUCUGUAGUGGCAUAGAUAGCACUGCGAUGCAGUGCCUUAGACCACUGCGCCACUCGGGAGAUAUUAGUUCACCUGUUUCUUUGUGUUCUUGAACGUAGCCCUGUCUUUCAUUUUUGUUCAUUUAUUUUACCUGUAUGAUUAUUAACUCAAUAUAAUAAUUUUUUACAUUGUUUGCAAACUGAUAUGUGACACGUAUUAAUGGCAAAAUAACAGGCUCUGCCCCACCUUCCCUGAAUGAUGGGUCGCCACUGAUUGAGACUCAUCCAAUGCAAUUAACCAGAUGCUGUAGCUCUAGCUUAAACUGACAGAUUUUUAUGGGGAUUUUUUUAUUACGCUAAUUGAUGUUCGCGGGGCGCGGACAUCAACUCUAAGGGUUAAUAAGUGACAUACAACAAACAUAUAAAGAUAAUGUAAUCCCAUUACUCAACAAUGUAAUGAAUACUCAGGGAGAAGAUUCACGCGCAGAGCGCAGCAGGUGUUUAUUACGCCUUCGUAGAAGGCAGGAAUCGUGGUCACAGGCAGGCAAUGGUCAUACACAGGUAGGCAAACAGGCAGGUGAAACAAAACUAGGAUGGAAAGCUAAACUGGUUCUCACAAACGAGCUAGGAAAAUGCUUAGCAGAGUCAAAACGAACAAUACAUCACAAGGCACAAACAGAAAGAACUGAACUAAAUAAGCAGCUGAUGAGACCAGGUGAGUAACUAACACAGGUGAAAUCAAUGAACAAAAAUGAAAGACAGGGCUACGUUCAAGAACACAAAGAAACAGGGCUACGUACAAGAACACAAGGUGAACUAAGAAAACAAAUACAGAACCUUACAAACAAAAUGAAAGCAGAUCUAUUUAAAUGGACAAUCUUCCCAUAAAUCUUACAGGUACAAUAAACUCCUCAGAAUGGCAUGGCUACCAAAGUUUUUAUAUUUAUUCUCGGUAAUACUAAUUACCCAACCGAAGACAUUCUUUAAAAAUAUAUACUCGGCCAUAACAGACUUUAUAUGGGAAAAUAAAACUCAUAGAAUAAAAAGUGAAGUUUUAUAUCUCCCAAAGUGAGUGUGGUUUUGACCUCCCAGGCUUGGAAUUGUAUCAACUUGCCACCCAAGUCGUUUACUUGAGACAUAUUGUUAAAUGUACUAAAGAGGAACAAUGGGUACAUAUUGAAGAUGCGCAUGCUCACCCCCAGAAUCUUUUCAUGUGUCUUUUUUCAAAGGAUAAAGCUAAGCACAUGUCACGACUUCCACAGACUAAUGGGGAUAUGAACCAGGUGUGUGUAAUUGACAAGACAAGACAAAUGGAAUGAUGAUAUAUGGAGCGGCAGUGGCUAGUAAGCCGGUGACGACGAACGCCGAAGCCUGCCCGAACAAGGAGGGGAGGCAGCCUCUGCGUUCGUCGUCACCGGCUUACUAGCCACUGCCGCUCCAUAUAUCAUCAUUCCAUUUGUCUUGUCUUGUCAAUUACACACACCUGGUUCAUAUCCCCUCAUUAGUCUGUGUAUAAGUGUUCCCUCUGCCCCCUUGUCCUUGUGGGUGAUUGUUUUAUGUGAAGAUGAGUGUAGCUCGGUUGAGCUACCCUUACUUUGGAUUGCCGGGGUUAUUUCUCCCCGUGUGCCUGUAUUGUUUUCCAGUGUGCCUGUAUUACGCCCUGUGUUGUUGACGCUAUCCAGCGUAACUGUGUCCUAUGGAAUAAACUCUGUAUUCGGUGAUUUACCCUCCUGCGCCUGACUCCUUCAAAUCACACUCUCACAGCACAUUAACAACUUCAUAGUUAAAAACAUUAUAACAAUAUGGAAGAAAAUGAAACAGAUUCUACAAGAAUCAAUAUCACUCCCAAAAAACUCAACCCUAUGGAACAAUCCUUCGAUAGCUUUUCAGAAUGCACCGAUGAAUUGGUCCAUAUGGAAAACUAAGGCAUAGAAACCGUAAAUGACUUAGUAAAAGAAAUACAUUUAUUUCCAUGACAGAAUUAAAAAGCAAUUUUGGACUGACCAAUAAAGAUAUUUUCAAAUACAUGCAACUUUAAAGUGUUAUAUCACGAAAUUUGGAUUUAAAAUAUUUUGGACAUCAGAGCAAUCUUGAAGGAACCUUGCAGAGAGUCUAUCCAACUGACAACCUCUUAGGAAAACAAUAUUAACUAUUGGAACCAAGACUUAAAAAUAACUGAUAUUGGCACAAGAUGGAGGGAAUGCUGGAACAUUCUAACUAAAUUACAGGGAACGAAAACGUAUGCUCAAUCCAGUAUAAACUAAUGUAUAUAAUUUAUUAUACAAGAGACAAAAUUCACAAAUUCUACAGCACAAGACAGAGUCAUGUCUUAAGUGUAAAACUAACAAUGACUCAAUAAUGGGAAUGCAAUAAAGUCCAAAAGUUAUGGGCGGGGUUAGAUUUAAAAAAUAUUUAUAUUUUAUGCAUAUUUCAAGACAUGUCAUAUGGGGCAGUGAGAUACCCGAUGGGUUGGAAAAUACUCCUCUUGUAAUUGUCUACUUAAAAACUGGAAAUCAACCAUUCCUCCAUCGUUAAGACAAUGGAAAAAUCAUUUGCUUCAUUAUCUGAAUAUUGAAGAGCGUGGAUGACGCAAAGGAACAAAAUGGUGCAAUUUGAGGACAUGUGGCUGAGAGUAGUGCAGGCACUGGAGAUAGGGGAGAGAACAGGUGGGUCUGUGCAGGAGUGAUGUUGUUGAUGUUUGUGUGCAUCUGUAUGUUGCCUUUUGUAUGUGUAUGUUUUGUUUAUACUGUUAGAUAAUAAUAAUAUAUAUAUAUAUAUACAGUACCAGUCAAAGGUUUGGGCACACCUACUCAUUCCAGGGUUUUUCUUUAUCUUUACUAUUUUCUACAUUGUAGAAUAAUAGUGAAGACAUCAAAACUAUGAAAUAACACACAUGGAAUCAUGUAUAAUCAAAAAAGUGUUAAACAAAUCAAAAUAUAUUUUAUAUUUGAGAUUCUUCAAAUAGCCACCCUUGAUGACAGCUUUGCACACUAUUGGCAUUCUCUCAACUAGCUUCACCUGGAAUGCUUUUGCAACUGUCUUGAAGGAGUUCCCACAUAUGCUGAGGACUUGUUGACUGCUUUUCCUUCACUCUGCAGUCCGACUCAUCCCAAAUCAUCUCAAUUGGGUUGAGGUCCGGGGAUUUUGGAGGCCAGGUCAUCUCUGUAGCUCAGCUGGUAGAGCACGGCGCUUGUAAUGCCAAGGUAGUGGGUUCGAACCCCGGGACCACCCAUACACAAAAAAAUGUAUGCACGCAUUACUGUAAGUCGCUUUGGAAAAAACGUCUGCGAAAUGGCAUAUUAUUAUUAUUAUUAUUAUGCAGCACUCCAUCACUCUCCUUCUUGGUCAAAUAACCCUUACACAGCCUGAAGGUGUGUUGGGUCAUUGUCCUGUUGAAAAACAAAUGAUAGUCCCACUAAGCCGAAACCAGAUGGGAUGGCGUAUCGCUGCAGAAUGCUGUUGUAGCCAUGCUGUUUAAGUGUGCCUUGAAUUCUAAAUAAAUCACAGACAGUGUCACCAGCAAAGCACCCCCACAUCAUAACACCUCCUCCUCCAUGCUUUACGGUGGGAAAUACAGUGCCUUGCAAAAGUAUUCAUCCCCCUUGGUGUUUUUCAUAUUUUGUUGCAUUACAACCUGUAAUUUAAAUGGAUUUUUAUUUGGAUUUCAUGUAAUGGACACCCCCUUUGCUAUGAAGCCCCUAAAUAAGAUCUGGUGCAACCAAUUACCUUCAGAAGUCACAUAAUUAGUUAAAUAAAGUCCACCUGUGUGCAAUCUAAGUGUCACAUGAUCUGUCACGUGAUCUAUAUAUAAACCUGUUCUGAAAGGCCCCAGAGUCUGCAACACAACUAAGCAAGUGGCACCACCAAGCAAACAGCACCAUGAAGACCAAUGAGCUCUCCAAACAGGUCAGGGAUAAAGUUGUGGAGAAGCACAGAUCAGGUUGGGUUAUAAAAAAUAUCAGAACCUUUGAACAUCCCACAGAGCACCAUUAAAUCCAUAAUUAUAAAAUGGAAAGAAUAUGGCACCACAACAAACCUGCCAAGAGAGGGCUGCCCACCAAAACUCACGGACCAGGCAAGGAGGGCAUUAAUCAGAGAGGCAACAAAGAGACCAAAGAUAACCCUGAAGGAGCUGCAAAGCUCCACAGCGGAGAUUGGAGUAUCUGUCCAUAGGACACUUUAAGCUGUACGCUCCACAGAGCUGGGCUUCACGGAAGAGUGGCCAGAAAAAAGCCAUUGCUUAAAGAAAAAAAUAAGCAAGAACGUUUGGUGUUUACCAAAAGGCAUGUGGGAGACUCCCCAAACAUAUGGAAGAAGGUACUCUGAUCAGAUGAGAUUAAAAUUGAGCUUUUUGGCCCUGCCGAUGAACACCAUCCCCACAGUGAAGCAUGGUGGUGGCAGCAUCAUGCUGUGGGGAUGUUUUUCAUUGGCAGGGACUGGGAAACUGGUCAGAAUUGAAGGAAUGAUGGAUGGCGCUAAAUACAGGGAAAUUCUUGAGGGAAACCUGUUUCUGUCUUCCAGAGAUUUCAGACUGGGUCGGAGGUUCACCUUCCAGCAGGACAAUGACCCUAAGCAUACUGCUAAAGCAACACUCGAGUGGUUUAGGAGGAAACAUUUAAAUAUCUUGGAAUGGCCUAGUCAAAGCCCAGACCUCAAUCCAAUUGAGAAUCUGUGGUAUGACUUAAAGAUUGCUGUACACCAGCAGAACCCAUCCAACUUGAAGGAGCUGGGAGUUUUGUAAAUUUUUCAAGGCAAAACUGUACAAAAAUACCUGUGGCUAGAUGUGCCAAGCUUAUAGAGACAUACCCCAAGAGGCUUGCAGCUGUAAUUGCUGUAUAAGGUGGCUCUACAAAGUAGUGACUAGUCAGGCCGCUCAAGUUUUCUGUUUUUUAGUGUUAUUUCUUGUUUGUUUCACAAUAAAAAAUAUUUUGCAUCUUCAAAGUGGUAGGCAUGUUGUGUAAAUCAAAUGAUACAAACCCCCCAAAAAUCCAUUUAAAUUCCAGGUUGUAAGGCAACAAAAUAGGAAAAAUGCCAAGGGGGGUGAAUACUUUUGCAAGGCACUGUACAAAUGUGGAGAACAUCCAUUCACCCACACUGCAUCUCACAAAGACACAACAGUUGGAACCAAAAAUCUCAAAUUUGGACUUCGGACCAAAGGACACAUUUCCACCGGUCUACUGUCCAUUGCUCGUGUUUCUUGGCCCAAGCAAGUCUCUUCUUCUUGUUGUUGUCCUUAAGUAGUAGUUUAGUUGCAGCAAUUUGACAAUGAAGGGCCUGAUUCACAAAGUCUACUCCGAAUAGUUGAUGUUGAGAUGUGUCUGUUACUUCAACUCUGUGAAGCAUUUAUUUGGCCUGCAAUUUCUGAGGCUGGUAACUCUAAUGAACUUAUCCUCUGCAGCAGAGGUAACUCUGGGUCUUCCAUUCCUGUGGCAGUCCUCAUGAGAGCCAGUUUCAUCAUAGCGCUUGAUGGUUUUUGCAACUGUACUUGAAGAAACUUUCAAAGUUCUUGAAAUGUUCCAUAUUGACUGACCUUCAUGUCUUAAAGUAAUGAUGGACUGUCGUUUCUCUUUGCUUAUUUGAGAUGCUCUUGCCAUAAUAUGGACUUGGUCUUUUACCAAAUAGGGCUAUUUCUGUAUACCCCCCCUAGCUUGUCACAACACAACUGGUUGGCUCAAAUGCAUUAAGAAGGAAAUAAAUUCCACAAAUGAACUUUUAAGAAGGCACAGCUGUUAAUUGAAAUGCAUUCCAGGUGACUACCUCAUGAAGCUGGUUGACAGAGUGCCAAGAGUGUGCAAAGCUGUCAUCAAGGCAAAGGGUGGCUGUUUUUUGGUUACUACAUGAUUCCAUAUGUGUUAUUUCAUAGUUUUGAUAUCUUCACUAUUAUUCUACAAUGUAGAAAACUGUAAAAAUAAAGAAAAUCCCUUGAAUGAGUAGGUGUUGUAAAACGUUUGACUGGUAGUGUAUAUAUAUAUAUUAUAGAGUAUAUUCAAUUGUAAGGGGUUUCGUGAGCUACAUAUAAGUUAGGUAGUUAGUUACAAAACCUGCAGACCCUGUCAGAUAUUGUAAUUUGCUUUUAAUUAUAAUUUUGCCAUCCACUUCUUGGGGAUUGUGGAGAAGCGCUAUUCUCACUCUAAAGACAUUAAGGUUAGUCAGGAGUCUGGACUAGUUGCUUUUACAAUGCUCAGUAUAUCAUGAUCAUAAUCAUAGACAACUGAUACUUUUACUUCCCCUGUUAUAACAAAUUGAUAACCCACAUAUUGUUACCCAGCUAAUUAUUGGGAUCCAAAAUAACAGUGUCAUGAUCUGACUUGUCUUCCCUGCUUCAGCAGAGCGGCUCCAGUGAGGGGCCUGUGUAUCCCUACCGGUGUGGUAUGAAAUGCUGAAACCCUGUCGUCAGGCAGGUGUUGUGUGGCGGUGGUCCGUGUCAGCGGUCCUGCUUCCUCCAUGGUCCUGAGGAACAUGGCUGGUCUGACCCAAGCCCUACCCCCUCCUUGUACUGCCCUGCUGUGGAGGAUCAUUGACCCCCACUCCAAAGAGCUGCUGGACCGUGGCCUGGUCCUCUGGUUCCCAGGUCAGAGGAGAUCUCACAGAUAUUAUUGGAAAAACACAAUACAUUUUGAUUUGCAUUUAAAAAAGAAUAACAAACAUUUCAUAUUAGCUGUGCUUGAUCUGUACUGAAGAAGGGUGCCUCAUCCAACGCUGCUGUUGUUGUUUUUGUUGUUGUUAUGACUGUUGUUGUGAUUUCUUUUCAGGUCCCUACAGCUUCACAGGGGAAGAGUUCCAUAUUCACAGAGGUCCUGCAGUCAUCACAGUAUUCCUACAGGCCCUAGGUAAGAGACACGUCUAA